GACCAUAAAAGGUUUGGAGGAGCCACCAGAGAUGUGCUUUAAGCAAAACCUGUAAAUACAUAUUUACACAAGACCUUGACAUGCUCUUUUACCGAUGCAUGUCUACCAGAUGAUCGACUCCUUUCGGACAGGUGUUUUUGUCUUGUGUUUCAGACAGGCUGGCAUUUGGGAGGCUUCCAGGUGAAUGAAUGGUCUGCUCAGGAGUUUGCAGAUGUUUUAGAUUGUGGUUUGAUUAUAUGUAUUUCUAAGCCCCCAGAAUCGUGGAGAUAGAUGUUCAACUAUAAAGAUCUAGGAUUUGCUCCCGGUUCUAGAUGGUACGUGUGUCUCCACAAUAAUAAGAGCAAAAAAUACACAAUGUAUUUAGUUACAAUAAAUCACAUGCAAAUGAACACACCAACACUACGUUUUGCACAAAUCAAGAGGUACAAAGAUAGGCAGAGUUUUUGACAUGUCGUCUGUAACUCCUCUCGUUGGGUACUUUCAUCUAAAAUUAGAACAGACAGGACCGCUUUGUACUUGUCAAUCACUUUUCAUUCGUAGAUCUCCAAGUACCUGAUGUAGAGAGAUCUGCGUAAUGAUGACAAGGAUUUGACUUUAUUUUAAAAGAUGAGGAAACCGACACAGAGAAGUUACUCAUCUGAUUUCUACAGUUGCUGAACUGCCACAACCCCUAGUAAGGGUGAUGGGAGCUAAAGGCAUUCAGGACAUUUAAAUUAUAAGCCCUUGAGAGCCAGGGGUCAGUGAGUUUGUUUGUGUGUGUGUGUUUGCACAGCUUCUUGCACUAUGAACUCUGAUCCUAACUGGGCCGCUGGACAAGACCAUAAUAAAAAUACUUCCUGCUCUGAGCCAGAUCUUACACAGGAAGCGAGUGGCAGAGGUGAAAGUAGCACUCACAUUUUCUGACUCCACCCCAUGCAUAAUGAAUUUACCAGCUCCUCUCCAGUAAAGUGUUAUUUGCCACAUUGCAAUGAGGGUGUCACCAUCCACCACCAGGAAAAGAACUUACAGCUGGAAGCGUUCACUCUCCCUCCACAAGUAUGGCCACAUCUGCACAAUACAGACAACUUAUAAAUGACUACGGACCACCGUCCCUAGGCUACACACAAGGGAUGCAGGGUACCAGCAGCAGUCAAGUACCACAAAGCAAAUAUGCAGAACUCCUAGCUAUCAUAGAAGAAUUAGGAAAAGAAAUUAGACCCACGUAUGCGGGAAGUAAAAGUGCCAUGGAGAGGCUAAAACGAGGCAUCAUUCAUGCUAGAGGAUUAGUUCGAGAAUGCUUGGCUGAGACUGAACGGAAUGCAAGAUCCUAGCCCACUAAUUCAGUUAAAAGAUUUUCCACCUCUUUAUGAAGGAAGAGUACUAGUUAUUCCCUUGGUGACUUUCAAAACAUUCAGAUAAAUCCUUUUAUUUUGAAUGUUUUAUGUUCCUUUUUUUGCCCUUAAAAAUGUAGUUAAGAAUGAGAAAAACAAGGAUUUUUUUCAACUGACAAGGGUUUGCAUUUUUUAAAGAUGUUAAACUCCCCAAAUUAUUUCUAAAGAUUGUUGAGGCUGAACUGCAUGCAAAGGAAUGCUUUCUAUCCCUCAGGCUAUACUUCACUUCCCUUCCUAUUCAGCCGCAGUCUCAUUCUUUUUUUUUUUUGCCUAUUCACGUAACCCCAAAUUGUCAAGCUUCCAUCCUUUGACAUAAUCUCCAAGGAUUUUUUUAAAUAAAUGCAGAGAUAGCACGUUUUACCUAGUAGUCUGCUAUAUCACACAGUGUCAUACAGCAUAGAUUCCCGCUUAGAAAUAACCCUUUUUUUGCAUAAGCAUUUGCAUGAUUGUUAGUACUUUGGAGUCCAUUUAAAGUGCAUGAGUUAUACAGGAGGUAGGGCAACCUAUUAAACAAUAACAAGGUCCCAGAAAACUAAUUUUCACACUAAGGCUGAAGAUUUCAGUUGCAAGUUUGCCUAAAAAAAGAAAAGAAGAAAAAAAAAAAUUCUGGAUAAAUGACUAAAACUGUUAUUUGCAUCUUUGUAUGUAUUUAUUACUUGAUGUAAUAAAACUUAUUUUCAUUAACAAUUUGUAUUAAAACCAUGUAGAGUGCCUUUAAUCCACCUCAUGUUAAAUGUACGAAAGAACCUGGUUAGAUAGGUAAAGGUUUAACUUUCAUGUGUGAGGCUCAAAUCUGGGAACAGACUA